CAUGCUCUACCUACGGGGUCUCAACCCCAGUUGCCCCUUACCUGGCUGGUAUCAGCGCCGUAUGGAUAUUCUACCUAGUCCAUAAUCUCAGUCCUACCUAGGCAUACAACGGUCGAGGCCCAACUGGACAACUCUGCGAUCUUGCGAUCCCCUCCCCCUUUCCCUCCGCCUGUACCUGCCGCAUCACCAGGAGAUCGCCCAACGAAUUAUAAACUUCGCCCGCCACAGAAUCUGUCAUCCUUUACCCUGUACACACAAACAAAAGCCACGAUGUCUCGAAGACCACCGCCAAACCCCGCUGCUGAAAGAGCGGCCCAAAACCAGCUGACAAUCAAGAGCCUCUUGAAGUUGGAGUGCAACAAAAUAUGCGCCGACUGCAAGAAGAACAAGCACCCGCGAUGGGCUAGUUGGAACCUCGGCGUCUUUAUCUGCAUCCGGUGUUCGGGCAUCCACCGUGGCAUGGGCACGCAUAUCAGCAGAGUCAAGUCUGUCGACCUCGAUUCCUGGACCGAUGAACAGCUCCGAAGCAUCCUCAGCUGGGGCAAUGCGCGCGCGAACAAAUACUGGGAGGCCAAGCUGGCCCCCGGCCACGUCCCCUCCGAAUCCAAGAUCGAGAACUUCAUCCGCACCAAGUACGAACUCAAACGAUGGACAAUGGACGGCCCCAUUCCCGACCCUGCCAGUCUUGAUGUCGAUGGUGAUGACGAUGUGCCGUUGAGCCUGGUAAAGGAGAAGCAGAACGUGGAGCGGAGGGAAUCGGUUCGCAAGAGUUCGGUUGGAAAAUCGGCGGCUCCUCCCAGGAACGUCACUUCCCCGCAGCCGCAGGUCGAUCUUAUCGGCGGCGAUCCCAUCCCCAGAGCCAGCACGGCCGGCCCGCAGCCCGGCAAAUUGCCCCCGAAAUCCGACCCCGCGCCCCCUAAGGCUACGAGCACUAAGGACUCUCUACUGGGACUGGAUUUCUUCGGCGAACCCGCUGCCCCUCCUCGACCCGCCAGCACCAACAAUGCGGGGGCUAUGGGAGGACCUUCGCGGCCAGACCUCAAGCAAUCUAUCCUAUCACUCUACGCCUCGGCUCCGCGACCGCAACCCCAACAGCAGCAGCAACAACAGGCUCAGGCCGCCGGCGGAGCAUUUGGCGGCAUGCCCUCGCCUACCUUUGGACAUCAACAGCAACAGUCGUUUGGCGGCAUGACUGAUGCCUUUAGCAGCCUCAGCUUCUCCAACACAAGCAGCCCCAAGCCGGCUCAGGCAGAUCCGUUCGCAAGCCUGGCCAGCCCUGUUAGCAGUAGCAGAUCACCACCGCCCGCGUCGAACAACGCCUUUGGCGGUCUCAGCGGCGGAAGCUUCUUCGACUCCAAGCCGGCCGCCCCUGCCCCCUCCACGCAUCAGAAGCAACCUUCCAACAGUGGCCUUGGCGGGUUUGGCUGGUCCAAUUCUCCCGCCCCAGCUCCGGCCCAGUCCCAGCCGAAGCCUGCUCAACCAGCUUCGUCCAUGGGAGACCUGUUCGAUCUGUCCGCUCCUUCCCAGCCCGCCGCUGCCCCCAACAAGCCCUCUCCCACCACCGCAUCUUCCUCCGUCUUUAACCUCUCCUCGAACCAACCCAAGUCACCGCCUCCUGCUACCAGCCCGAGCGCGGCCGCCACGAGCGCAAUUGGCGCAGGGAACUGGUCCAACUCGGAUGUUUGGGGCUCCAAUGCCUGGAGCACACCCGACGCAAACACUGCGCCUGCCGCUCCCAAGCCUGCGGAAACACCUAAGCCUGCAUUUGGAGGAACCGGCGACUUUGGCGGAUGGGGCUCGUCUGGAGUGUCCUCCGGACUGUCUACUGGAUCCUUCGCCAACACGCCAAUUGUUCCUGGAGCGUCUGGUGGAUUCAGCGCCGCGCCCAAGGUUGCGGCCGACGAGGAGUUCGGUGGAUGGACCAGCAGCACAGAACCCGCUGCCAGUUCCGGGUCUGCCAAGCCAAUCGGUGGCAGCGAGGAUCUCUUUUCGAAUGUCUGGCAGUAAAUUGCAGAUUGAAGACGUUGAGAACGGUAAAGGAUUCGGGAUCGAUGAGAUGCUAGUGGACGCUUCCCGAGGUUAGGCCCUUGAGUUUAUUAUGUCGAUCUAUAGAUAAUCAAUGAGGACGUCGGGAGAUAUGUUUGGUAAAGGGGAGGGGGGGUUCCCAGGGGGCAUCACACGCGAUUCAAAUGCAAAAGCAUCAUAGAUCAACAAGAGUUUGCCCAAAUAUAAAGCAAGCAUCUAUAGUUGCGGUACAAAUAACAUGA